UCCCUCCAAGCAGACACAGAAGACAUGGUCAACCAGAGCUCCCCAGUGGGCUUCCUCCUGCUGGGCUUCUCUGAACACCCACACCUGGAAAAGAUUCUCUUCGUGGUUGUCCUGUGUUCCUACCUCCUCACCCUCCUAGGAAACACACUCAUCCUCCUGCUGUCCACCCUGGACCCCAGGCUUCGCUCUCCCAUGUACUUCUUCCUCUCUAACCUCUCCUUCCUGGACCUCUGCUUCACCACAACCUGUGUCCCCCAGAUGCUGGUCAACCUCUGGGAUCCCACAAAGACCAUCAGCUUCCUGGGAUGCUCUGUCCAGCUCUUCAUCUUCAUGCUCCUGGGUACAACAGAGUGCAUCCUGCUGACAGUGAUGGCCUUUGACCGCUAUGUGGCUGUCUGCCAGCCCCUGCACUAUGCCACCAUCAUCCACCCUCGCCUAUGCAGGCAGUUGGCAGCUGUAUCCUGGGCUAUAGGUUUGAUCCAAUCCAUAGUUCAGGUUCCUCCCACCCUCCGCCUGCCCUUCUGUCCCCAUAGACAGAUAGAUGACUUUUUGUGUGAAGUCCCAUCUCUAAUUCGAUUGUCCUGUGGGGAUACCACCUAUAAUGAAAUUCAAUUGGCAGUUGCAGGUGUCAUCUUCCUGCUUGUACCUCUGAGCCUCAUCCUUGUCUCUUAUGGUGCCAUUGCCAGGGCAGUGCUAAGGACUAACACUUUAAAAGGGCGCAAGAAAGCUUUUGGGACCUGCUCCUCCCACCUCAUUGUGGUCACCCUCUUCUACAGCUCAGUCAUUGCUGUCUAUCUGCAGCCCAAAAACCCCUACGCCCAAGAGAGGGGCAAGUUCUUUGGUCUCUUCUAUGCGGUGGGCACUCCAGCACUCAACCCCCUCAUAUACACCCUGAGGAACAAGGAGGUAAAGAGGGCCUUCUGGAGGCUGCUGGGGAAGGAAGUGGAGCCCAGCUGACACUCUCGGUAUGUUGAAUAGAUUCUGCACAGCUUUAUCAAAAGGUUUAAGUUUUCCUCCCCACCCUCUCCAGACCUAUCCUGCCACUGUAGUGGAUGACAGAAUAUAAGACAAAAGGGUAUUCACUAAAGGAAUAUAUUUGUGUGAAACUUUGCCACAUGAAUUUAAUGUAAUCUAUCACUUCACCACUGUCCUCAUCUCAUGGACUUUGUUUCUAAUUCCCUUCCCAGUGUGUCACUAUUUUUUUUUUAAGAUUUUAUUUUGAUGUAAUGUCUUUCCGGGUGUGAGUGUGUGUGUCUGAGGAAGCAAGUUACCCAACAUGGAUGCCUAAUUUGAACUCUGGUCCUUUGAAAGAACACAAAUACUCUUAAUGCUGAGCCAACACUCUUGCCCUUAUCACUAUUUUUUUUUUUUUGCAUUUGUUUUCCACCAUAUUUUUGCUGCAUCUCCUCCGAGUUUCUUUGUAAUUCCUUUAUGUUCUCUUCCUGUUUUAUCCCUCCCAAAAUCAGCAAGAGUUGACACGAAACUAAAACUUAGUUCAGAAACUCAACCAAAAACAGUAUUAGGAUGUUUGCCUAAAAUCUAGGCCCCAAGACUUCCAGUCAGACCAUUCCCAAAUGCAUGCUUCUGGUCCCAUACCAUAAUAAAAUGCCCUAGUAUCCUUAGCUUGAUACCAGAACAAAGCCAUGGGAGUAGGCUGAAAUGCAGUCCUAUCUUUAUCUUUACCAAUGCUAGACACCAAGCUCACAAACAGGAAUGGCUUCCUUUUAAGGUAGGAAGAGGGCCUCUGACUCUACCCAGAAGGGUAUCAAAGCAGAUGCUGAGACUCAUAGCCAAACUUUGGACAGAGUGUAGGGAAAGAAGGGGGAGAUAAGAAGACCUGGAGGGGACAGGAGCUCCACAAGAAACAAGAGAAUCAAAAAAAAAUCUGGGUCCAGGGGUCUUUUGUGAGAUUGAUACUCCAACCCAGGACCAUUCAUGGUAGUAACCUAGAACCCCUGCUCAGGUGUAGCCCAUGGCAGCUCAGUGUCCAAGAGGGUUUCCCAGUAAGGGGAACAUGGACUGUCUCUGACAUGAACUCAGUGGCUGGCUCUUAGAUGACCUCCCCCUGAGAGGGGAGCAGCCUUACCAGGCCACAGAGGAAGACAAUGCAGCCAGUCUUGAUGAGACCAGAUAGGCUAGGGUCAGAGGGAAGGAGAGGAGGACUUCCCCUAUCAGUGGACUUAGAGAGGGGCAUGGGAGGAUGGAAUUGGGAGGGAAUAAGGGAGAAGGCUACAGCUUGGAUACAAAAUGAGUUAACUGUAAUUAAUAAAAAUUAAAAAAAAAAAAAAAGGUAGGAAGAACAAUUUCAGCGCUAGGGUUUUGAUGCCAUCUACUGGUUAGACCUGGAACAACCAGGUCACCUAAGUCCCCUCCCUAAACAGAAGCACACGCCAGGGUUUCUGGGGGUAAUUAAUGAUAUAGUUAGUGAGAUAUACUUAUGUUUUGUGGUGCCUUGGGUACUGUUUAAAGUAUUGUACAACCCUUGCCCCAUUUCAUCCUUGUAGCAUUAUGAAGCCUUUGUAAUUAAUGCAAUGUACUUAUAUAUGACUUAGGAUGUUCCAGGAACUGUUUGAGGUAAUUUACACCUUUUGAUCCAUCUCAUUCUUGUAGUAUUAUGAAGCUGUUGUUGUUGUUUUGAGACAGGGUUUCUGUGUGUAGCCUUGAAUUUACAGAGAUUAGCCUGCCUCUGCCUCCCAAAUCCUGGGAUUGAGGGUGUAAACCACCGCCACCCAGCAUGAAGCUCUUUUUGAUGCAAAAACUGAGAGUUCUGCUAGGACUGGCAGCCAAGAGGGCAGAACACGGUCCUCCUGCUCUUAGUCCUGGCUUCAUACAGAGCCUUCCUAGCCCAAGUGAGAAGCCUCAAUUUCUCCUCCAACCAAUCUGAACUACACAUGUCCAUCCUGAGACUUGCCUCCCGGUAGAAGAUUCCAAAUGCAAGGCCAUGGGCUUGAGUUCCAGCACACCAACACUUGCCUUCUCUCCUCAUAGACACCCUCAUCCCUAAUCCUUCCUGCUUUUCUCAAUUCCAGGAAAACAGCUCCUUCUUCCCUAUUUUGUCCCUCUUCAUUAUUAGCCAGCCCAAAUCCCAAACCUGCUUGCCCUGACACUCUGGGCAGUUUUUUUUUUUUUUUUUUUUUUCUCUGAAGAGCCAUAUCCACAGCACAUACCUCCCACACAGCUGCUCAAACAUCCACCGCUGAGCUCAUGCUUUCUAGACUCAGAGAGCUUAACACUCCCUCUCUUAGCCAGCUCUCUCCUCUUGCCAGCAGCUGAGAUUUAGGGAUUGCCUAUCUUUUCUCUCCCUGAACCCAACUCCAAAUAUUGUCCCCAAGUGUUCCUGAGUCCCCUUUUAAAUUCUUUGAUCUACAAGACCAAGAAACCCCAGAUUUCUCCAAUACGCGGCAGACAUUUUUCUUGAAACUUGACCCAAAGCAGAGAAUAAAAUUUAAAUUAUGUGCUGACUUGAGAGUUGGCAUUAUCUGAGAAGAAACUGUGGCCUUGUUACGUUGUUGUGCAGGCAAUUCAACAGGCCUGCCCUCAGGGGCCUUUAGGGUUGUGACAUCACCUGGGCCAGGUGAUGGAGAUGUACCCUGCCCGCCACAGGCGCUCUCUGCCUCGGUUUCUCUCCCCUUUCCUGCUCUCCCUGACUUCCCCGGAGGUGGAGGGAGUACGCUGCUCCUUUCUCUUCUCCCAUGCUCUCCCACUGUCUCUUUUUCUCUCUACCCUCAAGGCCUACUCAGGCCGUAACUCCUCUCCCUUUUCCUUCCCCCACAUAAAUCUCUCACCAGAUAUGUUCAGUGUGUGGCAUCAGGAUGGGGAGACCUCAGAAAGAUAGAGCAAGGAACCAAGGAUCGUGAAGGCAUGACCAGAAGAACCCCUAAGUUUCCAACCUACAGUACUUAGGGUCUCCCCCACGUGUGUACUGAACACAAGUCUGAAACAUUAGUGCAAAACCUGCGCAGUUUCAGCCUCCAGCAAAGCUCGCCUUCCAAGUCUCACGCUGUGUACAACUAAGCACACCCCCAGGCCUGUGCUAGACUAAUCCUUCAACACACACAGUUUUAUUUUUCAUAUUUGCAUGUAUUUUUGAGACGAGGUCUCAUCGUAUAGACCUGGCUGGCCUGAAAUUCUGAGGCCCCCCGAUUCUGACGUGUGAAUGCUGGGAUUAAAGGCGCAUCGCCACACCCUACACAACACACAGCUCUAACACAGGCCUAUUUAACAAGUGGAUUACUUGGAGCUAAAGGCUGCAGGAAAUCAACCCCUCAAGGCAUGCUGCUCAGCAGGGAACAAAUUUUCCUUCCUAAAGUAAAUUUACAUUUGAAAAGGUCUCGUUCUUACCCUCCAGGAGGGCAUUUACUUAAAUCUACAUAACAAAUUUUUAUUCACAGCCUGUAUUUACCACACUUUCCCCGAUCUCCUUCCUGAUCUCCCCUGCACCUGCUACUCAGAAAUGAAACCCUUCUUCUUUGGGUAGACUAACUUUCUGUAUAAAGCCGUUCCCACCACCCUCCAUGUGUCCAUUACUAGUAUUCGCAAAUGCAUGUGCAUGUAGCCAUGCUAAUUUCACCUGCCUGUCUCUCACCUGCCUGCAGAACCUCAGCUGGAGAACCUGUGACAGAAUUUUCCCCUCCUCUUCCCUACACCAGAAGAUGCACCGUUCUGCUGCACCAGAGCCUGCCAGGCCCACGCCUGUAUUCCUGUGCAACUGUCCUGUUACUGGGAAAUGUCCUUCCUUCAGUUUGUAGUCACUAAAGCAGCAGUUCUAACCCUCCCUAAUACUUACACAUAGUUCCUCAUGUUGCCGUGACUCCCAGCCAUUAAGUUAUUUUGCUGCUGCUUCAUUAACUGUACUUUUGCUGUUGCAGAUCGUAAUGUGAAUAUCUGAUAGGCUGCAACCCCUUGACCAAAGGGGUCACGACCCACAGGUUGAGAACCGCCACACCACAGUCUAGCUUUACCUCUUGCUGUAGGGAGCUAUAAAAGUGAAUGCAGUUACAAUGGCUGCUAACGUGGUUUUUUAAUCACCUGCUUGAGGCAGCCCGACGUGGAGCCCACUUUGCUUUUUGGUUUAAAGACCACAAAGGAUAAGAAUACCCUGCCCUAACAGCCUUAGUGAAUAAGCAAAGUUUGCCAGUCUUGGGUAGCCUAAGGUUACUGAGUAUUGUCAGAGGUAGAUGAAACUAGCAGAGCCAUCUUCAAACAAGACAGGCAGAAAGGGCAGGUGUCAACUGGUUUUGAAGGUCCCGAACAAGGGCCAGGUGAAGCACUGAAUACCAGAUGAACAAGACUGGUGUGACCAGGCUGGUGCAAUGGUACACACUUGCAGUCCUAGCAGCCCAGAGGCGGACGCAGGUGGACUUCUGAGUUUGAGGUCAGCCUGGUCUACACAGUGUGUUAAGGGCUGGCCAGGGCCCUAUCUCAAAAAGAAUGGGAGUGGGGUGGGGAGAGAAACCUGGGUGAUCCCGAUGGUGAGUUACGAGCACUGCCUUUGCAGGAGACGGACAGCCUCGGUGUUUGUUUCCUGACUCAACUGCAAUGACGUUCCUUCUGCAUGUUCUUCCUGGAGCAACAGGAAGUUCUAACCACUUGACACAACCUAGGAAGAGCAUUGUGUGGCUUCCAAGGCUUCCUGACAAACACGUAUAUGCAGCUGUCUCUUCAACCUCUGAGGGCUCACAUGGGGGUCUGGUUUACUACAUCAGAAGAACGAGAUCAUGAGAUCACAUGAUCACGUGGAAAGCCCUGUGUAGGGGUUUCCUCCUAGCCAAGGAGCCUGCUAGGCCAGAACAAAACCCACCUGUGGAGGUUACAAAGACUUAAUUGCUUGGCUCUGGCUGGAUUCAAACCUACAGGUUGUUGUGGGUUCCCCUCACUGUAGCUUCUUUAAUGCCUGACCAUAGAAACAAAAAUGUGCUUAAGCUGCUGUGGGCACCAGGCUACACAGCAGCCGGGGUCAUCUGGUGUCCCUGCUCCCCACUGCUGAAGCGCUCCUCUGCCCCAGUUGCAGGUUCCCGGCCAGGUAAUGAGCACGUACCCCAUUCCACAACACUGUGUCCCUCCUCUCAUGGAGGCCAUCCUGCUCACUUCUCUUUCCCAGUUCCUAGAAGCACAUCCGGCCACAGAACUGACUUGUCUGUCAGCACUUCCGGACAGAGCUUGGUGCAGUGGCUCAAGGCUGUAACCCCUAGGAAGGCUGCAUGAGGGCUUCUGCACACUCCAUCCUGGACUACCCAGACAGAGCUACAGAGUAAGACCCUGUCUCAGGGAUAAAAUAAAUUGUUGCCGGGCACAAUGUUUAACACCUAUAACCCAAAACAUGGAAGACUGAGACAAUAGAGU